GCGAGGAGGGAACGGACCAAAAGGCGCCGCACCGCACCGCACUAGCAGUCGUAGUCGGCCAGCCAGAUCGAGUAGCCUCCGCCUCCGCCGCUAGCUUCUCACUUGUUUCUCCACCACCGCGCACCCCUCCCACGACUCGCGCCGCGCGCAUUGUCCACGUGCGCGCGCGGCGAGACCAGCCUGAUCGAAUCGACCACGCCGCCGCGCGCACACAUUUUUGCUGGAGGCGAGAGGUCGACGGGGAGGGGGGUACAUAUACACGGACCACCAGGCCGCCACGGCCGCCAGAGGAGGAAGAAGAAGACGGUCGAAUUGAGGAGAAGCGGCGGCGGGGCGGCUCGAGUCGAGAGCGAGGGUUAGCUAGCCGGGUAGUAAUGGAGGGGAGGAGGGAUCAUGAUGUCGCCGCCGGCGGAGUGAUGACGGCGCGGUGGCGUCGUGCUAGCGGCGGGGGAGGAGAAGAUGGCGCUGAGGAGAGCGACGGGAGCAGCGGCGUCGAGCUCAGCCUGCGCCUGAGGACGGGGGACAGUAGCGGCGCUCCGCCGGUGGUGGUGGCGGCGGCGGAGGAGGAACGUCAGGCGGCGGCGGCGGCGAGGAGGAGGAGCAUGACCAUCUUCUACGACGGCCGGGUGUGCGCCGUCGACGUCACCGAGGUCCAGGCGAGGGCGAUCAUCUCGAUGGCGAACGAGGAGAUGAUCAUGGCGGCGGCAGGCCCCCACCGGCAGCAGUGCCGCCACCAACGCGACCGCCAGCUGCAGGACAGCGGCGGCGGCGCCGUGGCGCGGUGCGCGCGCGAGCGCGACGCCCACGUGAGACCGGCGGCGGUGGCGGCGUCGCCGGCCGCGGGUUCUUCCUCCCGGCAGGGCUUCGCCGCCGUAGCCGCCGCGCCGGUGAUCGACCAGGCGGCCUCGGAGCUGUCCAUGAAGCGCUCGCUGCAGCGGUUCCUGCAGAAGCGCAAGGCGAGGACGGCCGCCGCCGUCGCGCCGCCGUACGCCGCCGGCUGGCAUGCUCAGGCGAUGAGACACUGACUGACCAGUAACUGGGCUUGCCCCUUGCCGUAGUCUGCUAGCUAGCUAGAUAAAUGGCUCUCUUUUUUUAUUAUAUUUUUCUUUUGACACGAGAGGCGGCAUGCAUCAAUCAGAGUUUCACAGUACAUGAAUAUUAAUACAUGAUGAUAUGGAACAGAACGAAUAUAUUUUGUGAUCAAAUACAGUGACCAUGCAUGCAUGUAAUCUGUAAAGAUUUUACGGUACAGAGAUCUAUCACUUCUUGAAACACAAACAUAUAUGCAGUCCAAAAUUAUAGUG